AUGGGUGAUAAGAGAAAUCCGUCUGUUGAAGACGGAGUGAAAAGAGUUGAAGUUCAACUCCAAAAUUUCAUCGAAGAAUCUGUGAAACGAAUGGACCAAAUCGAAGAGAAACAAGCGAGUUAUGAUACUAAGAUGGCGGAAGUUACGGGGAAUUUUCCAACUAUUAAUGCUGGCUGGGUCCAAACAAGUCAGGAAAGGGCUGAGCAAGCUGGUUCAUCAUCAAAAUUGCCUAAAGCGAAGCUAGCUUUUUCAGAAUUCGAUGAGUUGAACCCCAGAAGUUGGUUGAGGCGUUGUGAUAAGUUUUUUGAUCUUUACCAAGUCUCUGAUGAGGAAAAAAUGACCUACGUAUCCAUUCACUUAAAGGAUUAUGUAGACAACUGGUUUGAUAGCUAUUUGUUGGAUCGAGGAGGUAAAGUGACUUGGACCCAAUUUUGUUUUGAUUUGUGCCAAAGGUUCGGCAAUACCCAACCUGUACAAAUUGUUGCGGCAUUUAAUAGAUUGGAGCAGACUACUGAUGUUGACACUUACAAAAGGAAGUUUGAGGAGUUAAGAUGUUUGUUAACCUUAAUUAAUCCUUUUGUACAUGAAGCCUAUUAUGUGUUGUGUUUCAUUGGAGGCCUAAGGCCUGAUAUACAGCCUUUAGUGCAAGAUGUUGAGCCCAAAACAUUAAUGGAAGCUUAUAAGAAGGCAACAUUGCAUGAAAAAUCGUUUAAUGCCCUCUAUCAGCAAUUAUAUGCUAAAUCUCAGUCCAGAAUACACCAAGCCCCAAAGCCCACAUUAGCCAUUACUUACCCAAAAAAUCCGCAUGUUAUACACAAUAGAAACCAGAACCCAAAAACCAUGUCCAUGGAAACAUUAAGGGAAAAUAACUUGUGUUACAAAUGCCAUGACAAGUGGCACCCUGGUCAUCAGUGUAAGGUUCGAGCUCUUAAUGUAAUGGAAGGUGAAGAGUUUGUCGACGUUGUGGAUAAAAUCGACGAACCUGAAGUCGAGGUGACGGAGGAAGGAGCUGAACAAGGAGCGGUGACUUUGAAUGUCAUGCUGGGCCAUGGUGACAGCCCAACUACUAUCAGAAUAGUGGGUUGGGUCAAAGGGCUCAAGGUUUCUGUCUUAAUUGAUUCAGGGGCAACUCACAGCUUUGUGGACCCUCAAGUGGCUAAGAAGUGGGCUGGAAAUGUGCAAGAAUUGGCCAAGCCCAUGAUGGUACGAGUAGCUAAUGGGCAAUUGCUACCAAACAAACAAGUGUGCAAAAAUUUCCACUGGGAAAUGCAACAACUGCCAUUCCAUUUUGAUUUAAGAAUACUUAAAGCUGGGGGUUGUGACAUCAUUUUAGGAAUGGAUUGGAUUGAUUCGGUUACCCCAAUAUUGUUGCAUACUAAGCCCAAAAGCAUUACCUUUAAAUAUGGCAAUGAGAUGGUCACAUUGUUGGGUGAACCAAGCGAAAGAAAGUUACCCAAUGUUGACGCCAGGGCUAUUUUUAAAAUAGUUUACAAAGGACAAUGUAAUUUUGUGACCCAACUGUUCUUGGUGGAGGACAAGGGGGCCCAGAAUGAGAUCCCCAAAGAGAUUUCAGAAGUUUUGGGCCAAUAUGAGGAGUUAUUUCAAGAGCCCAAAGGGCUGCCACCCGCUCGUGACUGUGACCACGCCAUAGAGCUAUUGCCAGGGGCCAAGCCCAUUAAUCUCAGGCCCUAUCGUUACUCCUUCGAGCAAAAAAACGUCAUUGAAGAGAUUAUUGCUGAUAUGCUCAAGGCACAAACAGUAACAAAGAGUGUAUCCCCAUUUGCUUCUCCAGUCCUGUUAGUAAAGAAAAAAGAUGCGAGUUGGCGUAUGUGUGUUGACUAUCGUAAACUCAAUGAGAUUACGAUUAAAAACAAAUACCCCAUACCGGUUGUAGAAGAUUUGUUAGACGAAUUACAUGGAGCUCUCUUCUAUUCAAAGUUGGAUUUACGAUCUGGUUAUCAUCAGAUCCGUAUGAAAGAUGGUGAUGAGUUUAAAACGGCUUUCAGAACACAGCAUGGCCUUUGGGAAUUCCGGGUAAUGCCUUUUGGAUUAACCAAUGCUCCGGCCACAUUUCAAGCCUUAAUGCAUCAAAUCUUUGCCCCUUUCCUCAGGCGUUUUGUGCUGGUCUUUUUCGAUGACAUAUUGGUGUAUAGUGCUUCGCUUACAGACCAUGUGCGCCAUUUAAAACUUGUGUUUGAUUCACUUAAAGCUAACCAGUUAUUUGUUAAAGGGUCCAAGUGCAAUUUUGGGCAGAAGAAGGUCGAGUAUUUGGGUCAUGUGAUCUCCAGUGAAGGAAUUAGCACUGAUAAUUCUAAAGUGGAGGCAAUAUUGAAUUGGGCCCAGCCAAAAUCCAUUAAGGAAUUGUGA